GACACACCGGGGCGCAGCGGGAGCCCGUGCGGGGCGGGCGGCCGUCCAUGCGGCGGCGCUCGGGAAGCACGCGGGGCUGAGGAGUCGGCCGCUCCGGACUAGCCCAGAUUGAUAUUCCUGAAAUUCUGACUCCGCCACAUCAUUCCCUGCGAGAAAUCGCAGCGGCUCUCCGGAGUUGGACACCACUUGAACCUGUAGGGAAGUGGGGACACCUCUGAGGAACCCGUGCUUUAGCCUGGACUUGCAGCAUCAUGGUUUCCCAUCUCACAAGCUGUCUCAGUGCCCUGAGUGCCCUCCUGCUGCUGCUUGGUUCUCAGCUUGUCUGCCCGCAGCCCUCCACUGAACACAGAAAGGUCCCACAACGGAUGGCAGUGGCCGAGGGAACCCCAGAGGACAGUGGUGGUGGCUCCCCAGGUGUGUGGGGCUCCUGGGGCCCCUGGUCUGCCUGUUCACGCAGCUGCAGUGGUGGUGUGAUGGAACAGACACGGCCCUGCCUGCCCAGUUCCUACCGUGCCCGAGGAAGCUCCCGGCCCAAUGGCCCUACACUAUCCAUCACUGGCCACGUUGUGUCAGCUGUACGGACCUCAGUACCUCUGCAUCGAAGCCAGGAGGACCAACGUGCCCUGACUGGCUCCAGUGCCAGCCGCCAAGGCCCCACAGUGGUGCGAGGCAGCCGGCACCCACAGGCCCGGGGCCGUGAACCCUCAGAGAGAAGGAGCAGGACCAGAGGUCCCAUUGGCCCUGGCAAGUAUGGCUAUGGGAAGGCUCCCUACAUCUUACCACUGCAGACGGAUGCCACACAUACUCCACAGAGGCUUCGGAGACAAAGGCCUUCAUCCAGGCACUCCAGGUCCCAGGAGGCAUCUGCUUCUAAGCAGGGCUACAGGCCACCAACCCACCAGUUCUCCCACAACAGACCUCUCUAUCAGAGCGACAGUGGCCCUCGUUCUGGACUGCCACCUUCUGACGCCUCUAUCUAUCAGCUGCCUUUGACCCAAGACCAAAGCUAUCCUGCAGCUUCAAGUCUCUUCCACAGCUCGGAAUUGAGCGGUAACAAUGGUGCUAGGCCCCAAGGGGCAGCUCAGGCCUUCUCCCAGCAUCUUCGAUCCACAGCAAUCUCCUGCAUCGGGGCCUAUCGGCAAUACAAACUGUGCAACACUAACGCGUGUCCAGAAAGUGGCAGAAGUAUCCGGGAGGUACAGUGUGCAUCCUACAACAACAAGCCAUUCAUGGGCAGGUUUUAUGAAUGGGAACCAUUUGCGGAAGUAAAGGGUAAUCGCAAGUGUGAGCUGAACUGCCAGGCGACCGGCUACCGCUUCUACGUUCGGCAAGCCGAGAGGGUCAUUGAUGGUACACCCUGUGAUCAGAAUGGCACAGCGAUCUGUGUGUCGGGGCAGUGCAAGAGCAUUGGAUGUGACGACUUCCUGGGAUCUGACAAAGUCGUGGACAAGUGCGGGGUGUGUGGAGGUGAUAACACGGGCUGCCAGGUGGUGUCGGGUGUGUUUAAGCAUGCCCUCACCAGCCUGGGCUACCACCGAGUUGUAGAGAUUCCCCAAGGAGCCACAAAAAUUAACAUUACAGAGAUGCACAAGAGCAACAACUAUUUAGCCUUGCGAAGUCGCUCAGGCCGCUCCAUCAUCAAUGGUAACUGGGCCAUCGAUCGCCCGGGGAAAUACGAGGGCGGAGGGACCAUGUUCACCUACAAGCGACCGAACGAGAUCUCCAGCACUGCUGGGGAGUCCUUCUUGGCUGAAGGUCCCACUAAUGAAAUCCUGGAUGUCUAUAUGAUACACCAGCAGCCCAACCCAGGGGUCCACUAUGAGUACGUGAUCAUGGGGAAUAAUGCCAUCAGCCCACAGGUGCCACUGCACAGGAGACCAGGAGAACCUUUCAAUGGACAGUUGGAAACGGAAGGUGGAGGUCAGGGGGACAGGGAAGAGAGGGAGAAGAACCAGGAGAAGGAAGACUCACGUGUCGAAGCCCCUGAGGUAUUCACAUCAGAAUCCUCGCAGACCUUCCCAGUCAGGCAGCCGGAGAGAUUCCCUUCCCACCGGCCAGACAACUUGGUGCCCCCAGCACCACAGCCCCCCAGGCGAAGCCGGGACCACAACUGGAAGCAGCUGGGGACAACAGAAUGUUCCACCACCUGUGGGAAAGGAUCGCAGUACCCUAUCUUCCGCUGUGUGCACAGAAACACACAUGAGGAGGUUCCAGAGAGCUACUGUGACUCCAGCAUGAAGCCGACCCCAGAGGAGGAGCCCUGCAACCUUUUCCCCUGCCCAGCCUUCUGGGACAUCGGGGAGUGGUCCGAGUGCAGCAAGACCUGUGGCCUGGGCAUGCAGCACCGCCAGGUCCUGUGCCGCCAGGUGUAUGCCAACCGUAGCCUGACGGUGCAACCCUACCGCUGCCAGCACCUGGAGAAGCCGGAGACCACCAGCACUUGCCAGCUCAAGAUCUGCAGCGAGUGGCAGAUUCGAACUGACUGGACCUCGUGCUCCGUGCCCUGUGGCGUGGGGCAGCGGACCCGGGAUGUGAAGUGCGUGAGCAACAUCGGGGACGUGGUGGGUGACGAGGAGUGCAACAUGAAGCUCCGGCCAAACGACUUCGAGAACUGUGACAUGGGGCCCUGUGCGAAGAGCUGGUUCCUCACAGAAUGGAGUGAAAGGUGCUCAGCGGAGUGUGGGGCUGGAGUGAGGACACGGUCCGUGGUGUGCAUGACCAACCACGUGAGCAGCCUGCCGUUGGAAGGCUGCGGGAACAACAGGCCAGCGGAGGCUACACCCUGUGACAAUGGGCCCUGCACAGGCAAGGUGGAGUGGUUCACUGGCAGCUGGAGUCAGUGUUCCAUCGAGUGUGGCAGUGGGACACAGCAGAGGGAGGUGAUCUGUGUUAGGAAGAAUGCAGACACCUUUGAAGUGCUAGACCCUUAUGAGUGUUCAUUCCUGGAGAAGCCCCCGAGCCAGCAGGCCUGCCACCUCAAGCCUUGUGGAGCUAAGUGGUUUAGCACAGAAUGGAGCAUGUGCUCCAAGAGCUGUCAGGGCGGAUUCCGGGUUCGGGAAGUUCGGUGUCUGUCAGAUGACAUGACCCCCGGUAGCCUCUGCGACCCCCAGUUGAAACCAGAAGAGAGAGAAUCUUGUAACCCUCAGGACUGUGUCCCUGAAGUUGAUGAAAACUGCAAGGACAAGUACUACAACUGCAACGUGGUGGUCCAGGCGCGCCUCUGUGUCUACAACUACUACAAGACCGCCUGCUGUGCCUCUUGCACCCGAGUGGCCAACAGACACACAGGCUUUCUGGGGAGCCGAUAACACUCCGGCCCUCCUGAGGUUACAAGCAGUGCACUUGCCUGCUUGCUGUUCAGCCGGGGACCCCCGCUCCCACCUCAUAAAGCGUACCACGUGGUACCCAGGAUGUUAGAAAGCCGUGACUGGCCCUUUGAGCAUGCGCUAUCCUGAUGACGACCUUCCUUGGGUCCUGGAACCUGCUGAUGGUGCCUUCUGAAGAAUCAAACAUACAGCUCUCACCCCAGCUCCAGGCCUGCUGCUGUCCAAGGCAGCAGCUGGACCACUGACCAGGCACAGCGUCCUUCCUGGUACUGUUGGCCUGUCCAAAAGUCGAACCCCUUUGGAACGUCAAGAGAGGGCAGCACCCCAUCCUGCAGCACCGACAAACCUUGCUGAGACCUGUGCACCCCUGUUACCUCAGCCCAGCUGUGUCCAUCGCCAUUCUUAAAGACAAUGGACAGUUUCCAUUGUCUUUAAGGGGUGGGGGUGGGGGUGAAUAUAUGCUCCCAUUUUACUAACAAGGAGACUGAGGCUCUUCUCAGGUAACUGAGCUGCCGUUUGGGGACAGGGCUAAGUGCCUACCCCAGAUGGUUGAGCAUAACCCUCACCCCGCAGCACCCGCGGCGGCCAGCCUGGGCUCUGGUCAGGACCUAUAGUCUGAAGAAUAAAUGGGGGCUUCCUGUCUGACCAGGAGGCUGAGAAGUUUCUCGUUCUAUGAACAUCCCAGGCUUCUGAGACCCUUCCUCUGUCCCCAAGUGUUGCCUCAAAUGAGCGCUUCCCUAGGCCACAACUGGUACUGACAGGACUCUGGUGUUUGCUAAGUUCCAUUCUCAACAGAACUGUCCCGAGAGACAAGAUAGCCACAGGGAGAGCUGGCCAGUUGCCAAGGAUUCUCUGGGCUACUCUGGAGCUGGAGGAGCAAAUCCCCAAAUCCCAUAGGCUCAUGUUCCAUUAUCUCUCCUGGGUUCUUCAUGGUACCACCUAGGGGAAAGCCAAGCCAGUUACCCCAGCAACAUCAUAUUGCAAUAGAAAGGGUCUUAUUCAAGACCAAUUUUAAUGCUGCAGAUCUGGGAGAAAAAAGCUAGGAAGCCCUCCGUAUCUCUGCUGAGUUAGUUACUCUGCCCAACUGUAAUUCCAGAGGCCCCAGGCCUGAAGGGACUCAGUGUUUAUUGAAAGAUGAGCCAUCUUGAGGUGCCAGGGUUGGGAGGGAGGGACAAUUAAG